AUGGCGACGCCCCCCGACAGCCCGAUCAUCGAAGAGGCGACACUAAUCGAGCUCGAGGAACAGUUGAACAACACGUCUGCGUUUCCGCACCCUAGGCCCGUCGCCCUUGAGGACCUGUGCCGGCAGACCAAGUUCACCAGACAAGAGAUCCGCAUCAUGUACAGGGGAUUUAAACAGAAAUGUCCAGAAGGAGUAGUGCACGAAGAUCUAUUCAAAGAUAUCUACUCCAAGUUUUUUCCACACGGAAAUUCGAAUUUAUAUGCUCAUUUUGUGUUCAAAGCAUUUGAUGUCAAGAGCAAUGGUGCAAUUAGUUUUAAAGAUAUGCUGAUGACUCUGUCUACUCUGCUUCGUGGGUCUAUUUAUGAGAAACUCAGGUGGACAUUUAAGCUGUACGAUCUAAACGGCGACGGAUGCAUAACGAGGUCGGAGCUCAGUCAAAUCGUGUUAGCCAUCCACGAGCUGAUGGGCAAAAGACCACAAGGUCGUGGUAGUACUAAAUCCAAAGAUCACACCGAUAUGGUUUUCCAAAAACUCGAUAUCAAUCAAGAUGGCGUGAUUACGUUUGAAGAAUUUAUCGAAUCAUGUUUGAAGGACGAGGCAAUCACGAAAUCAUUACAGAUUUUCGACUCCAGGUCCCUAUGA